AUGCAAGUGGUGAUUAUCCAUCCAGAACAAUGGAAUGGUGGAUCGGACCGAUGUAGUGUUGCUCUUCUGAAUCAUUUUGUCUCCCAGGGACACCAAGUUAUCUGGUUAACAACUAUGAUCGACGAUUAUUGGAAAGAUCACAAGUUCGAGGGUGUUGAAAUCCGAAAUCUGAAUAUGCGUCUCCAUCCUGGAGAUUGGUGGAGUCAGAAUGUCGCUCUUGGCUGGCACAUGGUUCUUAGCGAUUUGAACCCAGAUGUCUGUGUUAUCGAUCACUCAGCCAGUUGUGUUCCUAUGAUCAAGUACCGCUUCCCAAAAUGCAAAAUUCUGUUUUAUUGUCAUUUCCCCCAACAGCUGGUUACUCCUUCUAGAUUUUUCUUGUACAGAUGGUAUUCGAAGCUCAUUGGAACCGUUGAGAGCAUGAUGUUCGAGCAAGUUGAUUGCAUUAUGGUCAACAGCCAUUUCACUGCUUCGCAGUUCCAUAGGGUGAUGCCUCAAAUCUCGACGGACAAAGUGAGGGUGGUUUAUCCUCCUUGUGAUGUCGAUGCCAACAUUUCGGCCGCAGUUUCAGUCAGUAGGCGAUCGCGUGCCGCAAACUCCAAGUAUAUUUUCAUGUCCAUGAACAGAUUCUGGCCAGAAAAACGUUUGGAUAUUAUUGUUAUAGCUGCUUCCAUUCUCAAGAAAGAGGGCUACAACUUCGCUGUUCAGUUAGCAGGAUCAGUGAUGCCUCAUAUUCCUGAGAGCAAAAUAUAUUAUGAACUUCUUAGACGGAUGGUAGAGGAAUAUGGCGUUGGAGAUGUUGUGGAAUUUAUUGCUUCUCCUACGGAAGAAGAGAAAUUUGCCUUAUACAGAGGAUGUGACACUGCGUUAUACACUCCUCCUAAUGAACACUUUGGAAUUGUCCCUAUUGAGGCUCUUGAUCAACGCCGGCCUGUGAUAGUUUGUGAUAGUGGUGGACCUGCUGAGACAGUUAUCGAAGAUAUUACGGGUAGCAAAGUAAGAACAACUUAUUUUUAUUCUGCUCAAGGAUUCAUUUCAGAUAGAGUCUCCCACUGGUGA